UUAAAAAAACCGCUCUGGCCAAAGACGAUGGACUAUCUCUACUAGUCCCUCCUUUGAUUGCGGAAGUGAAUGUAACGUUUUACAACGACCUGAUAAGCGGCGUUGGAUAGAUGGGGCAUCCUUCAUCUGAGUAUGGAGCAAGGGAACGUCGACAAUGACUGCAACAACGGUGUGGCGAGACACCGGCGGUCGGCUUCUAGGAGGAUGGGGUCCACUUCUUUGUGUUCUCGUCGGGGCUCUGAUGGCACUGGUACUUCCCCGGGUUGGAGUCGAGGACGAGUGCUGUGCCAAAUUAAAGGGCAUUGCUCACGUACGGUGUCAGGUGUGGGGAAGGUCUCAACGGCACACCGUGCAGUCGACCAGUCUCACCGUCCCGUUCACAGCCCUCGACCUCCUUCCGUAUAGGUCCAAGCCGAGCAAAGAGACGGAGCAGGAAGCACGAGCGGCUUUGCAGCAGGCUGUGGAGAUGAAGAAACUGGGCAAGAGGGACAAGGCCCACAGACUACUGGUCCACGCGCUUAACAUGAACCCAGACUUCGUGGACGCACUGACGGAGCUGGGCACCAUCCUGGAGGAGGAGAAGGAUGUGGUCCAGGCAGACCACCUCUACACCAAGGCCCUGGCCAUCUCACCCUGCAACCAGAGGGCUCUGGUCAGCCGGGACCGCACGCUCCCCCUGGUGGAGGAGAUUGACCGGCGCCACUUCAGCGUCAUCGACAGCAAGGUGCGCCGGCUCAUGUCCAUCCCCAAAGGGAACUCGGCCCUGCGGCGCGUGAUGGAGGAGACCUACUACCACCACAUCUACCACACGGUGGCCAUCGAGGGCAACACCCUCACGCUGUCGGAGAUCCGCCACAUCAUCGAGACGCGCUACGCCGUCCCUGGCAAGAGCCUGCUGGAGCAGAGCGAGGCCAUCGGCGUGGACGCCGCCAUGAAGUACAUCAACACCACGCUGCUGUCGCGGGCCGGCGCCAUCGCCGUCACGGACAUCCUGGAGAUCCACCGGCGCGUGCUGGGCUACGCCGACCCGGUGGAGGGUGGCCGGCUGCGCACCAGCCAGGUGUUUGUGGGUCACCACAUCCCGCCGCACCCCCAGGACCUACAGCGGCACAUGGAGGAGCUGGCGCAGUGGCUCAACUCGGAGGAGGCGCUGCAGCUCCACCCCGUGGAGUACGCGGCGCUGGCCCACUACAAGCUGGUCUACGUGCAUCCGUUCGUGGACGGGAACGGGCGCACGUCGCGCCUGCUGAUGAACGUGGUGCUCAUGCAGGCGCGCUACCCGCCCAUCACCAUACGCAAGGAGCAGCGGGUGGAGUACUACAACGCCCUGGACACGGCCAACGAGGGCGACGUGCGGCCCUUCAUCCGCUUCAUCGCCAAGUGCACGGAGAUCACCCUGGACACGCUGCUUAUCGCCACGUCAGAGCACCCCGUGGGGCUGCCUGGGACCGGCCACGAACAAGCCUGUCCUGACUGCCAACAGACCAUCCCCAUCCACAACUAGGAGGCCAGAGAACAUCCCCAUCGACAGCUAGGAGGCCAGAGACACUCCCAUCGACAACGAGGAAGCCAGAGAACAUCGCCAUCCACAGCUAGGAGGCCAGAGACACUCCCCAUCAACUAAGGGACCAGAGACCUGUCUGUUUGUGUGUAAGGUGAACAUGCAAGGCCCCAAUUAACCCACAGAAAAGCAAUGAGGACAUACUUUCAAGUGUUUCAUUUUUUUGCCUAAAAAAUGAACGUUCUCGUCUUUGGAUGUUUUGCAAUGAUGAGCAGGUUUUUCCAAAAAAAAUAGGAUUUUAGAAUCACGUCUACUACUUACCUCCUGAAGCAGAAACUGCUGAUUCAUUGCAGUUAAAUGCCAUCAUGUAUUUAUUAAUUUAUUUGUCAAAUAUUUGAGUAACCUGUGAAUGUAAAUGAGUAGAUGGGGACGCACUGAUCUACAAUCAAAGAGGGCAAACCUUUAGAAAUGAUUUUAUGGGAAAGCUGAAAUACAGUUCUUUAUUAAAACAACUUUAGAACAUUCA